CAAAAAGUUGAUAAGCGACCCGCUAAUAAAUCCGAAGAAGAAGCAAAACAGACUGCCGCAAAUCACACAAGAAGAAGAUGCAAAACAUAAGAUUCAUAAAUGUUGUGAGCGUUCAUGAAGCAGUACUUAAAAUAACCCAUCGCUGAUAGUUGCUUUAUUUUACCGUUGAAUUCUGUUUUUAUAUCAGUAAGAGGAAAAAACGUUUAGAUAUUAAUCUGGAUAACGUACGUGAUGGAGAGCGGUUAUGUUUAUCUUUUUAUGGUAGCUGGGGUAGAAGAAGUGGUGGAAACUGUUUAAGCAUCAGAAGAGAGUCGUCUGUGAGGAGUGAGCGGUCAAUGGAUCCACCAAUAGAAAUGAAGAGAUGGCCUGACCAAAAGUCAGUCGUAACCGAACCUGUCUGUAAAAAGAUGAAGUUUGAGCAGUCUGUGAAUCGACCCCAAUAUUUGUAUCCUCAAUUCAGCCGUGACUCUAAACUUAAUAAAGUCCUGAACACAUUUAAAUCAAAUCUGAGAGAGAAGUUUAGAUUUUUGUAUCCAGGAACAUCAAAGAAGAGAAACCCAACACUACUGAAUGAGAUCUACACAGACCUCAACAUCACAGAGAUUAAAAGUGGAGAGGCAGAGGAGACACCAAUCAAAUGUAAGGACAUCUUUAAACCUUUACCUGAACAACACAAACACAUCAGAAGUGUGCUGACAAAGGGAGUCGCUGGCAUUGGAAAAACAGUCUCUGUACAGAAGUUCAUUCUGGACUGGGCUGAAGAGAAAGAGAAUCAGGACGUCCACCUCAUAUUUCCACUUCCUUUCAGAGAAAUCAAUUUGAUGAAGGACAAAACACUCAGUCUUUUAGAUCUUCUUCAUCUUUUCUUCCCAGAGACAAAAGAAAUGGAAAUCUUCAGUGAUAAAUAUAAAGUGUUGUUCAUCUUUGAUGGUUUGGAUGAGUGUCGUCUGUCUCUGGAUUUUCACAGCAGUGUGAGGUUGUGUGAUGUACGUAAAUCAACCUCAGUGGACGUGAUGCUGACAAACCUCAUCAAGGGGAAUCUGUUUCCCUCUUCUCGCAUCUGGAUCACCUCCAGACCAGCAGCAGCUGAUCUCAUCCCCUCUGAGUGUGUUGAUCGAGUCACAGAGGUACGAGGCUUCAGUGAUCCACAGAAAGAGGAAUACUUCAGGAAGAGAAUCAAUGAUGAGAGUCUGUCUGAUCAAAUCAUCUCACACCUGAAGUCAUCCAGGAGUCUCUACAUCAUGUGUCACAUCCCAGUCUUCUGCUGGAUUUCAGGCACUGUUCUAGAGAGAAUAUUUAGGGAAGCGCAGAGUCAAGAGAUCCCCAAGACUCUAACACAAAUGUACACACACUUCCUGUUCAUUCAGACGAACAUUAAACAUCGGGACAACUUUAAGAAGAGCAUGAAGGAUAAAGACAUGAUCUAUAAACUGUGUAAACUGGCUUUUGAGCAGCUUGUGAAAGGCAAUGUUAUCUUCUGUAAUGAAGACCUGAGAGAGUGUGGCAUUUUUGUAUCAGAAGCAUCAGUGUACUCAGGAUUGUGUACUCAGAUCUUCAGAGAGGAGUUUGGUUUGUGUCAGAGGAAAGUUUACAGCUUUGUUCAUCUGAGAAUUCAGGAAUAUCUAGCAGCUCUACAUGUGCACCUCUCUUUUAUGAACAACAACCUAAAUGUGUUUGAACAAAUUCAACCGAUUCAAACACAUCAGCUUUCAAUACAUGAACUGUAUCGGAGAGCUACAGAUAAGGCUCUACAGAGUAAAAAUGGACAUCUGGAUCUUUUCCUUUGUUUUCUUCUGGGUUUGUCGCUGGAGUCGAAUCAGAAUCUCCUACUAGGUCUGAGGAUACAGACAGGACGCAGCAAUCAUAACAAUGUAAUAACAAUCAGUUACAUCAAACAGAAGAUCAGGGAGAAUCCUUCACCCAAGAUAUCCAUCAAUCUGCUUCAGUGUCUUAGUGAACUGGGUGAUGUUUUACUAGUGAAGGAAAUCCAAAAGUAUCUGAAGUUUAGAAUAUUACAGAAAGCCAAAAUCUCUUCAUCUCAGUGGUCAGCUUUAGUUUUUAUGUGGCUGAGUUCAGAACGCGAGCAGAAGGAGUUUAACAUGAAUCGUAUUGUUAAAAAAAACUUUUCUCAAGCACAGAAAGUUCUUCAGAAGCUUCUGCCUGUGAUUUGUGAAUUCAGAUCACUUACGUUGGGUUCUGGUAAUAUCACAGCUGAAAGUUGUGUUGCUUUGUCUUCAGCUCUGACAUCAAACCCAUCACAUGUGACUUAUCUGAAUCUGUCUCAGAAUAAUCUUGGAGAUUCAGAAAUGAAGCUGAUCUCUGAUGUACUGAAGAAUCCUGAAUGUAAAAUGGAGAAACUAAUAUUGAAUUCUUGUAAUAUCACAGCUGAAGGUUGUGCUGCUCUGUCUUCAGCUCUGAGAUCAAACCCAUCACACCUGAGAGAACUGAAUCUGAUUGAGAAUAAUCUUGGAGAUUCAGGAAUGGAGCAUCUCUCUGAUCUACUGGAGCAUCCUGACUGUAAACUGGAGAAACUCUUGUUGAGGGGUUGUAAUAUCACAGAUGAAGGUUGUUUUGCUCUGUCUUCAGCUUUGACAUCAAACCCAUCACACCUGAGAGAACUGAUUCUGACUAAUAAUACAUUUGGAGAUUUAGGAGUGAAGCUGUUGUCUGCUGUACUGGAAAAUCCUCAGUGUAAACUGAAGAUACUGAAGUUGAGUGGUUGUAAUAUCACGGACGAAGGUUGUGCUGCUCUGUCUUCAGCUCUGAGAUCAAACCCAUCACACCUGAGAGAUCUGAGUCUGUCUUUGAAUUAUCUCGGAGAUUUAGCAGUGAAGCUGCUAUCUGAUGUACUGAAGUAUCCUCAAUGUAAACUGGAGCAAUUGUGGUUGUGUGAUUGUAAUAUCACAGAUGAAGGUUGUGUUGCUCUGACUUUAGCUCUGAGAUCAAACCCAUCACACCUGAGAGAAUUGUUUCUGACUGGAAAUCCUCUGGGAGCUGUAGGAAUGAAGCUGAUCUCUGCUAUGGCUAAGGAUCCAAAUUACAAACUGAGCAAAGUACGAUGAGCAAAGCUUUUCAUCGUUGGCUGAAACUUCUGCUGUUGAAGUAACCGAGGAAGAGACACAAGCAACAGAGACUUAAAGAUAUCCUUGUGCGUGUGUUUGUGUGUGACAUAACAGUUAUAAACAUUACUGUUAAUUCUCUUACAGUCCUUCACCUGUGUGUGAUCUGUGUUUAGGACAGAGUUUCUCAAAUGGGUUUGUGUUAAUGAGGAAACUUUUUGAGAUUGUUUAUAAAAGUAUAAAUGCUAAAAUAAAUACAACUGUACGAUUUACAAAAGUACACAAUGUGUCCAUGUAUAUGUUUUACAGAGAUGUAUAAGAUUAGCAUAAGAUUUUUUAUAAAAAAAUUGUACACUCAGCAAAUGUGUAAAUUUCCUAUUUCCUACUGUUAUUUUCUAUUUUCCUGUUUGUGCCAGUUUUAUUUUCUCUUUUACCUAUAAAUGAACCCCUCAAAAUAAAGAUAGGAUUUUGAGUGAA